AGCCUAACAAAGAGCGCUUUAGCCUCUGGGGUGGACGUGCCUCGUCAUUAGCUGUUUAUCUCCUCCCACCUGGACCUGUCUGACCUUUAACCCAGCCCCCUGCUCCUUUGAACCGGACUGUUCUCUUUGACAGUAUGAGCGAGGAGAGAGGAUGUCCCUUUCAACUGCUGAACCGUGCGCACAGAGACUACGGUGGUAGUGGUGGUGGAGGAUCCAAGACCUUCGGGCCAAAUUGUCAUGCCACCACCAGCCUUACCAACCCGGGACCGAGGCCCAUGGGUAGGAGCCAAGGCAUGGGCACCAUGGACAGUGACAGGUCCCUGGCCCUGGAUGAGGCUGCCGCUGCUACUGCUGACAGUACACGCUACUCUCCUGUUUCACUGAAACUGGAGCCCACAGCGGUGAAUAAUGGAUCAAACACUCCCUGCAGCGCGCAGACGGACACAAAGGACCCCCCGCUGCAGAUCGACGGCCGGCCCCCUGCCUACUGCCCUAACUCUCCUCUCCCUCCAGCCAGCCGGCUGCGCUCCACCAUACACUCCCAGAGCCCCUACGUCACCAAGACUAGCAUGCAGGGGGAUGUCUACAACUUCCUAGAGAGACCCGCUGGAUUGAGAUGCUUCCUCUACCACUUCUCGGUUUUCCUCUUGGUCCUGGUAUGCCUUAUCUUCAGUGUCCUGUCCACCAUAGAACACUAUGCCGACUUUGCCAGCGGAACACUCUUCGUGAUGGAGAUUGUCCUGGUGCUGUUCUUUGGGACAGAGUAUGUGGUGCGGCUCUGGUCUGCCGGCUGCAGGAGCAAAUAUGUGGGGAUCAAGGGACGACUCCGCUUCAUCAGGAAACCCAUUUCUAUCAUAGAUCUGAUAGUGGUUAUUGCCUCCGUCGUAGUGCUGGGUGUAGGCUCCAAUGGCCAAGUGUUUGCAACAUCUGCUAUCAGGGGAAUCCGCUUCCUCCAGAUUCUACGCAUGCUGCACGUGGAUCGUCAGGGAGGAACAUGGAGGCUUCUGGGAUCGGUAGUCUUCAUCCAUAGACAGGAGCUGAUCACCACGCUGUACAUCGGCUUCCUGGGGCUGAUUUUCUCCUCCUACUUUGUGUACCUGGCGGAGAAGGAUGCUGUGGACGAGGAGGGCAAGACUGGCUUCUCCAGCUACGCUGAUGCCCUGUGGUGGGGCGUGGUGACGGUGACCACCAUUGGCUAUGGGGACAAGAUUCCUCAGACGUGGAUAGGGAAGUGCAUUGCCUCCUGCUUCAGCGUCUUCGCCAUCUCCUUCUUCGCUCUGCCUGCAGGUAUACUGGGCUCGGGCUUUGCUCUGAAGGUGCAGCAGAAACAGAGACAGAAACAUUUCAACAGACAGAUCCCGGCUGCAGCCUCACUAAUCCAGACGCUGUGGCGCUGCUAUGCAGCAGAGAAACCAGAAGGCUGUCCCGCCACCUGGAAGAUGUAUGUCCUCACCGGAGACUACAUUCUCCCCAUUAACACUGAAAACAACAACCCAAACCUCAGAAACAAGCGCACCAAGAGGAAACUGAAGAUGGUUCGUGACAAUGGCUCCAUGACCAUCCUUGGAGCGAGGAAGAUGUCCAUUCCUCAGAUCACCUUCGACCACAUCGAAGAUAACGAUGAGAAGAAAGAGGUCCCCUUCUUUCUAGAAGAACCCAAAGGCAUCAUCCGGAUGUUCAGACAAACAGGCGUUCAGCACUCAUGGUCCUCUUUCAAUCUGAGCUGUCCUGCCUCUCCAGUUAAGAAAAACCUGGACGGGCCUUCCAUAGGCAUCUCCCGGGGCAACAGCUUGAGUGAUGACAUGGACUAUGUCAGCGAAGACGCACCUUUACCCGUGGUGACAGACGCAUCACAUUUGUUGACCAGCCCGUUCAUGGCAAAGGUCCAGGACUCAGUCUCAACUCACCACUUGAAUUCAAGAAGGUUGUCUCACGCCCAAAAAUCUGCAAUCAAAGUACUCCGGAGAAUGAAGUACUUUGUGGCCAGACAGAAAUUUCAGCAAGCGAGGAAACCGUAUGACGUGAGGGACGUGAUGGAGCAGUACAACCAGGGACACCUCACCAUGAUGGUCCGCAUUAAGGAGCUACAGAGGAGACUGGACCAUACGUUGGGGAAAGCAGGAAUGUUUCUGGCAGAGAAAGGUGUAGAUAAAGAAUACUACACUGUGGGAGCCAGACUGGUCCGCCUGGAGGACAAGAUGGACCAGAUGAGCCAUAAGAUGGAGGCGGUGCUGAAGAUCUUGGUGGACCAGUACAAACCCAAGGCAGAGCUGCUCCAGAGGGCCCCAGCCCCUCCACUCCCAGCCCCCUACAGCUCUCGCAUCAGCAUCAUGAGGCGUCAGAACAUGGGCGUCAGCUUGGACGAGGGACGGUGAUGUCACAGUGGGCAGACAGGCGCCGGGGAUGGAACCACCAGGGACCAGUAGGACCAACCGUGAGAUAUCAGUUGCAAUGUGAAGAUAAAUCAUUUAAAAAUUCAUUGUCAGCUGCUUGACCAGGAGGGCACAGACUCCAAUAAAGAAAAGGGAGCACUCUUCUUACCUUAUUAAAAAGAUGGUGUCGAUUGGCUACUUCUAGUGCCCUCUGUUUUAUAACCCCCAAAAUCUUUACAUCGCUGUCUUUGACCGCUGACCUUAGAGAGAGAACGUGAACAACUCAGCUCCUGCUUCUGUUCUCCUCUGCUGAAGAGGCGUGCUUGUAUGAAAGUGAGGGCUAUAGAGAACUCUGAGAGGGACAUGGCAGCAGUAUACUGACAGCUAGAGACAUACAGUGAUGCCGCCCAUCGUCCCUCCUCCCAUCAUGGUGAAUGGGCAUACGGGGUCCUCCUCUUCUUCAGAAGUUUCUUCUCUCUUUCUCCCUCUUUAAUAUCAGAACUAUGAAAACAUACUACACUCUUAGGAAAAAAGUGCUAUCUAGAAGCUUAAAGGGUUCUUCGAUUGUGCCCAUAGGAGAACCCUUUGAAUAACCCUUUUUGGUUCUAGGUAGAACCCUUUUGGUUCCAGGUAGAACCAAAAAGGGUUCUCCUAUGGGGACAGCCGAAGAACGCUUUUGGAACCUUUUAUUCUAAGAGUGUACUGAAACUUCCACAGCAUACAUUGUAGCAAAAGCAUACUUCAAUUCCCUUUUGUUUUAUAAGAUUAGCCUGACACUUUCACUACUCACUUUCACUAGCACAUUAUCACGUAAGAUAUGAGAAUGUAUUCAACUGUAUUCAUUCAGCGAGGCACAUUCAAGCACUAAAAUAUUAUUUCCAAGCAAACCAUCACACUUAUGAUAUUAUUUGGAGGUUGUGCAGUCAAAGCGGUAAAGCACUUGUUAAAGGGUACAGCACAGAGAAUGAGGAGACCAGCAGAGAUCAAAUCCUGAUCUUGGCACUAUUCAAACCAAAAUACAGCACCACUAUUUCUAUAUAGGCACCAAUUCAUCUCACCUUACAUUAUUUAGUUGCCGGCAUAUGUUUGUUAGUAGUAAUCGAGUGACAUAGAGAAGGACCAGGAGACUAUCUGUUGACUUUGCCCAGGGUCUGCCUCUGUUAGUGGCUGGGCCUAGGCUGCUGGAGCAAAGUAUAGUGGUGAAACAGCUCUGCAGGAACUAAUCUUCCGCUGAUUUACAGCUAUGGUUAAGCUAAUAAAAAUAGCAGAACAGUCGUGACAAGGCAGAACGCAGUAUUACAGAAAUACAGAGAGGGAAAGAACAGUACGGAGAGUUAUGGUACGAAGUUAAAGUUGACGCAACACCCCGUGCCAAGAUUUUCACUAGGAUAUUCCAAUGAACCACUUCACCCCACCCAUCCUUCUCAAUGCUAAAACACUUUCAUUUUCCCUCUUUGGACUUAAACUGCAGUCUGCAAUUUGUAAUUAAUUUGCCCCAUUAGAGCGCUGACUAUUUAUCUGUCUAUUGCUAAUUAAGUGCUGAAUUCCUGGUAAGGGAAGAUAGCAAUGUAUGUGAGUUGACUAAUGAAAAGAACACUGGAACAUGUGUGCAAUUUAAACAGUAGGCUUUGAACGGCUCACUCCAUAAUUCAGUGUGAAGGUCUGAAAUAUCAGGCUACUUCUAAGAGAGAGAGACGUACCAAGCUUCAGCUUUGACUUUAAAGCCCUUUAAAGCGUUGAAUAUAAUUAAUGUCUCUCUUUUUGUUCUCACUCCAUGUAUUUGUCGUACGGCCAGGACCCAGCUGGGUUUAGCCAGUUGAAAAUAGAAAACAAUAACUAAGCUAUGUGUGCAAUCCCUUCCAUAAUUAUAGUGUGCACAUUCCUCGAAAGAUGGCAACACAGAGGAGGGGUGAAACGAGAGAGAGGGGGGAGGAAGAGAAAAACACUGAACUACUAGUAUAUAUACUGAACAAAAAUAUAAACGCAACAUGCAACAAUUUCAACGAUUUUACUGAGUUACAGUUCAUAUAAGAAAAUCUGUCAAUUUAAAUAAAUAAAUCAGGCCCCAAUUUAUAGAUUUCACAUGACUGGGCAGGGGCGCAGUCAUGGGUGGGCCUGAUAGGGAAUAGGCCCAGCCACUUGGGAGCCAGACCUACCCUCUGAGGAGCCAGGCUCAGCCAAUCAGAAUUUGUUUUCCCCACAAAAGGGCUGUAUUACAGACAGAAAUACUUAUCAGUUCCAUCAGCUGUCCGGGUGGCUGGUCUCAGACGGACCCGCAGGUGAAGAAGCUGGAUGUGGAGGUCCUGGGCUGACAUGGUUACACGUGGUCUGCGGCUGUGAGGCCGGUUGGACGUACAGCCAAAUUCUCAAAAAACGACAUUGGAUUCGACUUAUGGUAGAUAAAUUAACAUUAAAUUCUCUGGCAACAGUUCUGGUGGACACUCCUGCAGUCAACAUGCCAAUUGCACACUCCCUCAAAACUUGUGUUGUGUGACAAAACUGUACAUUUAGUGUGGUCUUUUAUUGUCCUCAGCACAAGGUGCACCUGUGUAAUCAUGCUGUUUAAUCAGCUUCUUGAUAUGCCACACCUGUCCGGGUGGCUGGUCUCAGACAAUCCCGCAGGUGAAGAAGCGGAUUAUCUUGGCAAAGGAGAAAUGCUCGCUAACAGGGAUGUAAACAAAUGUGUGCACAACAUUUUAGAGAAAUAAGCUUUUUGUGCAUAUGGAACAUUUCUGGGAUCUUUUAUUUCAGCUCAUGAAACAUGAGACCAACACUGUUGCAUUUACAUUUUUGUUCAGUAUGUUUUAUUAUUUUGCCGUGGUUGAAGAUUUGGAAUAUGUAUUUUAUAUAACAGGCUGCUUUUUAAAGCCAGUUUCUUUGAGAUAACUGCUUCACAUACUGGCUGUUUGACCAUUCUCCUGUACAGUUUUAUAAGAGUUGUAAAUAGCAACAUUGACUUAUAUUUAUUAUCAUGUGGAACAAACGAUCAACCUGGGAAUACUCCUGGUCUGCAGAGUGAUGAUGAGAAAUAAAGAGAAGUGUUGUAAAAUGGAUUGGAAUGACUGUAAAUUAUAUUCACAACCCUCUGUAAAUCUGGUGUAAAUAAAAAUCCAUUUAAUUUCA